UCUCACAACUUUCUUUAAUCAUUCUAGAUAUGCCGGAACCGCACUUGAACGGAGCCUACUACGGGCCAUCCAUCCCACCGCCGGCAAAAUCCUACCACCGCCCCGGCAGCGGCAGCAGCUGCAACCCCUGCGGCUGCCUCUUCAGCUGUCUCUGCAAUUGCCUCUGCCAGAUCCUCUGCACCCUCCUGGUGGUUCUGGGCGUGGUGGCGCUGGCCCUCUGGCUCGUCCUCCGCCCCAACAAGGUCAAAUUCUACGUCGACGACGCCGCCCUCACCCAGUUCGACCUCUCCACCACCAACAGCUCCCUCUACUACAACCUCGCCCUCAACUUCACCGUCCGCAACCCCAACAAGCGCAUCGGCAUCUACUACGACCACUUCGAAGCCUCCGGGUUCUACAAGGGGCAGCGGUUUAGCACCCAGAACCUCCCCACGUUCUACCAGGGCCACAAGAACACCACCGCCCUGAGCACGGCGUUCAGGAGCAAUAACAUCGUCUCCCUCGACUCCAGCGACCGGAAUAGCUACAACGACGAGAAGAGCCGCGGGGUUUACGAAAUCGACGUCAAGCUUUACCUGAGAAUUAGACUGAAGAUUGGGUGGAUCAAGACUAAGAAGAUUAAGCCCACCAUCGAAUGCGAUCUCAAGGUUCCUUUGCAAUCCAACGGCAGAUCGUCUGGGAGUUUCGAGCGGACUAGGUGCCAUCUUGAUUGGUAGAUGUAGAUGAUGAUGGGCCCUACCGUACCCAUUCUUGUUUAUGCAUUUCCAUUGCUACUUAUUUUUCAGUAUUUUUUUCCCCUUUUGGGAGUUACAUUUCAGCGCAUUAUUAUUAUUGUUAUAUAUUCAUUUGUAUGAUCUUGUUGUCCUUCUCCAUUCAUGGACUGUCUGUCUGAGUUUUUGUCGUAAAUAAAUAAUAGCAUUUUCUCUUAAA